AUUAUUUUUAGGCUUUUAUUCAUCUGCUCCGGUUUCAGACAUUGUCAUAAUAUAGAAAUAUUGCAAAUUGUUGUGACAGAAAAAUGGUUGUGAGACAAUAUCAAGAAGAACUUAAAUAUUUAGAAAAAAUAAGUGAAUGUUGUUGGAAGAUAAAACAGGGCUUUCAACCUAAUAUGAAGGUUGAUGGAGUAUUUUAUGUGAACAAUACUUUGGAAAAAUUAAUGUUUGAAGAGCUACGUAAUGCAUGUCGGCCAGGUACAAUUGGAGGUUUCCUUCCUGGAAUGAAACAAAUUGCUAACGUUGCUGCUUUACCUGGAAUUGUAUGGAGAUCAGUUGGAUUGCCUGAUGUGCACUCUGGAUAUGGUUUUGCUAUUGGUAAUAUGGCAGCAUUUGACAUGAAUGAUCCAAAAUCGAUUGUCUCACCUGGUGGUGUGGGUUUUGACAUAAAUUGUGGUGUUCGUUUAUUACGAACUAAUUUGUAUGAAGAAGAUGUCUUACCAGUAAAAGAGCAACUUGCACAAAGUAUGUUUGAUCACAUACCAGUUGGUGUUGGUUCUAAAGGAAUUAUACCAAUGAACUCACGAGAUUUAGAAGAAGCAUUAGAAAUGGGAAUGGAUUGGUCCUUGCGGGAAGGUUAUAUUUGGGCUGAAGAUAAAGAACACUGUGAAGAAUAUGGUAGAAUGCUCAAUGCUGACCCAUCAAAAGUAUCAAUGAGAGCUAAGAAACGUGGACUUCCUCAAUUAGGUACCUUAGGUGCUGGAAAUCAUUAUGCAGAGAUUCAGGUAGUAGAUGAGAUAUAUGACAAGUGGGCAGCAUGCAAAAUGGGUAUUGAAGAAAAAGGACAAAUUUGCGUUAUGAUCCAUUCGGGAAGCAGAGGAUUUGGUCACCAAGUUGCUACAGAUGCACUUGUGCAAAUGGAAAAAGCUAUGAAGCGUGACAAUAUAGAAACUAACGAUAGACAACUUGCAUGUGCUCAUAUUAAAUCACAAGAAGGUCAGGAUUACUUAAAAUCAAUGGCAGCUGCAGCUAAUUUUGCAUGGGUUAACAGGAGUUCAAUGACAUUCCUUAGUCGACAGGCGUUUGCGAAACAAUUCAACUCAUCUCCUGAUGACUUAGAUAUGCAUGUUAUUUAUGAUGUUUCUCAUAACAUUGCCAAAAUAGAAGAACACAUGGUUGAUGGGAAACAGAAAACGCUUUUAGUUCAUCGGAAGGGAUCAACAAGAGCCUUUCCACCGCAUCAUCCUUUAAUUCCUGUAGACUACCAAUUAACAGGACAACCAGUUUUAAUUGGUGGUACAAUGGGAACUUGUAGUUAUGUUCUCACUGGUACAGAACAGGGUAUGAAAGAAACGUUUGGAUCAACGUGUCAUGGUGCUGGACGUGCCCUCUCAAGAGCGAAAUCACGUAGAAAUCUGGACUAUAAGCAGGUUUUGGAAAAAUUAGAAAAUUUAGGCAUAUCUAUCCGAGUUGCUUCACCGAAAUUAGUUAUGGAAGAAGCACCGGAAUCCUAUAAAAAUGUAACAGAUGUCGUCAAUACUUGCCACACAGCUGGAAUCUCUAAGAAAUGUAUUAAAUUACGACCAAUUGCAGUUAUUAAGGGAUAAUCUUUGCCGAAAGAAUAUUUUGGUCACUCUGUAUAACAUCGUGUGAGUGUGUGUCUAUUGUGACAUGUUGCGCAAACACAUUUCCUAAGUAAUAUUUAUUAAAUUUUGUGUAUAAACACAAAAAAUUGGCCAAUUAUCCAACAUCUAUGUGAUUGAAUGAUAUUGUAUUUUAUAUGAAUUAUAUGAAAGAUAUUAUCACAUGAUAUGAAGAUAUAUCAACAUCACAUUGAUUGAUUACAUAAUACAAUUAGGUAAUGUAAGUAACUUUACUGUAAAUUAUGUUUUUACUGUUACAUUGUUGCAUUUUUCUAUAUACAUUAUAAAAUCAAGCAAUUCUGAAAAUAAACUUAAUUUAGUCAAA